CGCUCGCCGCGCCGCCCUGGGAGCCGCUGCUGGUCCCGGCCUUGCGGCCUGCGGGGGAGGCUGCCCGGAGGAGGCAGCGGCGGCGGCAGCGCGUCCUCGGUCCCCAGGACCACGGCUUCUUUCCUGCCAGAGCGACUCUACCUUGGAAACCAGGGAUUCCCUUUCCCGUCGCCCGCCCCAUUUGAUAUAUGGGCCUGAAAUGUAUGCCAUCCCAUCACCAUCGGACUGGACUGUUCACAGCACUGGAGAGACAGAGAUCUAUCCAUCUGGCCAUCCAUCCGUGGGGGUCCGCAAUGGCCACCUUCAGCCGCCAGGAAUUUUUCCAGCAGCUACUGCAAGGCUGUCUCCUGCCUACUGCCCAGCAGGGCCUUGACCAGAUCUGGCUGCUCCUUGCCAUCUGCCUCGCCUGCCGCCUCCUCUGGAGGCUCGGGUUGCCAUCCUACCUGAAGCAUGCAAGCACCGUGGCAGGCGGGUUCUUCAGCCUCUACCACUUCUUCCAGCUGCACAUGGUUUGGGUCGUGCUGCUCAGCCUCCUGUGCUACCUCGUGCUGUUCCUUUGCCGACAUUCCUCCCAUCGAGGCGUCUUCCUCUCCGUCACCAUCCUCAUCUACCUACUCAUGGGUGAGAUGCACAUGGUAGACACCGUGACAUGGCACAAGAUGCGAGGGGCACAGAUGAUUGUGGCCAUGAAGGCAGUGUCUCUGGGCUUCGACCUGGACCGGGGCGAGGUGGGUACGGUGCCCUCGCCAGUGGAGUUCAUGGGCUACCUCUACUUCGUGGGCACCAUCGUCUUCGGGCCCUGGAUAUCCUUCCACAGCUACCUACAAGCUGUCCAAGGCCGCCCACUGAGCUGCCGAUGGCUGCAGAAGGUGGCCCGGAGCCUGGCACUGGCCCUGCUGUGCCUUGUGCUGUCCACUUGCGUGGGCCCCUACCUCUUCCCGUACUUCAUCCCCCUCGACGGUGACCGCCUCCUUCGCAACAAGAAACGCAAAGCCAGGGGCACCAUGGUAAGGUGGCUGCGAGCCUACGAGAGUGCUGUCUCCUUCCACUUCAGCAACUAUUUUGUGGGCUUUCUUUCCGAGGCCACAGCCACGUUGGCGGGGGCUGGCUUUACCGAGGAGAAGGAUCACCUGGAAUGGGACCUGACGGUGUCCAAGCCACUGAAUGUGGAGCUGCCUCGGUCAAUGGUGGAAGUUGUCACAAGCUGGAACCUGCCCAUGUCUUAUUGGCUAAAUAACUAUGUUUUCAAGAAUGCUCUCCGCCUGGGGACCUUCUCGGCUGUGCUGGUCACCUAUGCAGCCAGCGCCCUCCUACAUGGCUUCAGUUUCCACCUGGCUGCGGUCCUGCUGUCCCUGGCUUUUAUCACUUACGUGGAGCAUGUCCUCCGGAAGCGCCUGGCUCGGAUCCUCAGUGCCUGUGUCUUGUCAAAGCGGUGCCCGCCAGACUGUUCGCACCAGCAUCGCUUGGGCCUGGGGGUGCGAGCCUUAAACUUGCUCUUUGGAGCUCUGGCCAUCUUCCACCUGGCCUACUUGGGCUCCCUGUUUGAUGUCGAUGUGGACGACACCACAGAGGAGCAGGGCUACGGCAUGGCAUACACUGUCCACAAGUGGUCAGAGCUCAGCUGGGCCAGUCACUGGGUCACUUUUGGAUGCUGGAUCUUCUACCGUCUCAUAGGCUAAGGCACAUCUGUGGACCCUCAUAACCCUCUUAAGACCCCUCUCAGGGUGCCACUGAUGGGGGAUGAGGGAAGGCCCUCUCUCUACUCCUUGACCCCCUCCAUCCUUGAUCCCCAACACCUCAACACACACACACACACACACACACACACAAUCACACCAUUUCCAUGCCUGUCAAUCCCCACCCCACCACAAGGCAGGAAGGGGGUGGUCCCUGCUGGGGCCUAGGGGGGGAUGCUUGGGGAAACAGAGAGGGGGAGAUCCAGGGCCUCCCCGCCUUCCUUCUUCCUUUUUAUAUACAAUUUGUUAUUGUCAAAUAAAAGUAGGAAAUAUUCAAUAGGCUUCUUCUUCACUGCUCAGAGGGGAAUAGGAAUGAGUGAGGAAGGGGAUCACAGCAUGGAUCCCCAACACCUCAACACACACACACACACACACACACAAUCACACCAUUUCCAUGCCUGUCAAUCCCCACCCCACCACAAGGCAGGAAGGGGGUGGUCCCUGCUGGGGCCUGGGGGGGAUGCUUGGGGAAACAGAGAGGGGGAGAUCCAGGGCCUCCCCGCCUUCCUUCUUCCUUUUUAUAUACAAUUUGUUAUUGUCAAAUAAAAGUAGGAAAUAUUCAA